AUGUGCAGACCGCGACUAUGUACUCGAGGCCCGCGCCUACAUGGCCCUGCAAGACACACCCGAGGAGGGUUUUGCGCCCAAGUUUUACGGAUCCUGGACUUUCCCGCUCGAGACAGAUACCCAGAGAAGCCCGUCCGCUGGGUCCGCAUGAUCCUCUUAGAGCGUGGGGAAGGAGAAACCAUGCAAGAACUGCUAUCGCGAGGGGAGCUAGCAGACGAACCAGUUCGUCUCGCCGUUCUCAAGCAGCUUCUGGAAGCUGUCACCAAGCUCGAUUGGUAUUCAAAGAUUCGUAGCAUGGGCAACGGCGCUAUGUUUCCUCCGGGGAAUAUUUUUGUCAACAGCAAGAACGGGAGUAUGAAGUUAAUCAGCUUUAGGGAUGUCGAGUUAUUGGGCUACUUCGAGGGAUUUGAAGAGUCAGAUGACGACGAUGACCCUGGCCCAUAUUCGCCCAUUGUGCAAUGGUGGCCCUUUGGCCGGUUCUCAUUGUUAUCCCUACAAAAGAGUGGUGUAUUGGGUGCCUGGAUUCCGAAGGCUUGGGCUGAGAAGCCGCAAUUGGCAGCCAGGUGGCUGAUCGACACUGGCGUCGUAGACUCCGAGAAGGAUACUACCAGCGAAGACAAGGACACGAAGACUGUCUCCGGAAAGAAGCGCAGUAUCGAGGAACAAGAGGAAGAUGGCAGCCCCUCUCGCAAGAAGCAAUGCGUUUCGAGUCCUAAAGAAUGA